AUGUUUUGUCAGGAUAGUCAGCUCGUGAACAAGUGUUAUGGUUAUCGUUAUCAAUGGAUUAUUCUUGGUUAUCCAUCAUUAUCAACUUGGUGGAAUCAACCAACUGAUUGUUCAAUCCAAGAAAUAAUUCAUAGUCCAUCAGAAUAUAUAACGGAAUAUCUAAAACAAUUUUCUAAAUUAGAAAAAGAUUAUUUUGAUGGUUAUGUAUAUGAUACAAUAUGGAGUUUAGCAUAUCUUUAUCAAUCACAUUUAUUAAGUAAUCAAUCGAUUAGUGGAAUAUUUAAAAAUGUUAUUGAAAAUAUUGAUUUUAUUGAUGCUACUGUAAGUCAAUUAGAUAAGGAAACAAAACAAAAACAAAGAAUAUUUAUCAAUAUUGUUAAAUUUUUAGGAAAUGGUCCAUCACGAGAUCGAACAAAUCAAACAAUUCAAUUUGAACAUAUUUAUUUGUCAGUAUUUAUAUCAAUAUCAAUAUGUUGUGGAAUUGGAUUGUUUAUAUCAUGUACUUUUAUUGCUUUUAAUAUUCAUUUUCGAUCACAUAGAUAUAUUCGUAUGUCAAGUCCAACAUUAGAUAAUAUUAUUUUAGGCGGUUUAGAAAAGAAGAUGGAGACAAUCAAUUAUUAUCCAUCCGAUACCACAAUUGGUAGUCUUCUAUUUAAUAAUUAUAUAUCUGAAGAAAUUCGUUGUUUAACUGUAAAAGAAUUAACAUCAUCACAAGCAAUUGAUCGUCUUGGUGCACCAGUAUCUGAUAGUCCAUAUGAUUUAGCAUUAGGACCCUUUGAUAAAAAAAUGAUCGUUGUUUUACUUGUGAUCAAGGGAUUUGUUGUUUGUCCAUGGGAUCUUGGACAUAUAUAA